CAUUCGCGCUCUUUCGUCCCUCUGCGGCUGCCGUCGCGGUCGAGCAGCAGCAACAUGGCGGCCGACGGCCAAGACGACGAUAAGGCGGUAGCGGUGGAUUUUGUGACUUACGGGACUCCUCUGGAGCCUCUGGAAGAAGACGAGGCCCCGCGUAAGCCCCUCCCCCUCCACGAGCAGACGGUUCGGGAUGAAAAGGGGCGGUACCAGCGGUUCCACGGCGCGUUCACCGGCGGCUUCUCGGCGGGAUAUUACAACACCGUGGGAUCCAAAGAAGGAUGGAUGCCGUCAGCCUUCGUGUCGUCACGGCAACAGAAGGCGGAGAAACAUCAGGCCACGCCCCAAGACUUCAUGGACGACGAGGAUCUGGGCGAGCACGGCAUCGCCCCGGCCCAGAUCACCACCACGCAGCCGUUUGCGGCGGCGGCGGCGAUGGCGCCGUGGGACAAGGCCAAGGCCGUCAACGCGCAAACGGCCAUCAUACCGGGAGACAACCUCCUCGACGAACUCAUCGCGCCGGCAAGGUCUAGCAUCGGCGUGGAGCUCUUGACCCGCAUGGGCUGGAAGGCGGGCCAGGGCGUGGGGCCUCGCGUCAAGAGGAAGCCUCGCCGCCAAGGUGCCGCCGGCGCUCCCGGCGCCAGGGUCUUUGGCUGCGCUCCGCCCCCCGCCGGCUCUGAGGACUCCGAGGAGGACGACGGCGAGUUCGCCCCCGAGAACGUGACGUUCGCCCCCAAAGACGUGAUCGCGGUGGACUUUGGCGUGAGGGCGGGGCUUCAGGGCCUGGGCUACAGCGGCCUGGAUCCGGCGCUGGCGCUGCGCGGCGAGGCCGCCGAUCGUCACCCGGCCCUGCUCUCGCUGCACUCGGACGCCACCAGCAGGCUCUUCGGGGAAACGCCGCGGGGCUCUCGAAGAGGAGGGGGCGUGGCCGGCCAGGCCUUCGGCGUGGGCGCGCUGGAAGACGACGACGAAGACGUGUACCAGCGAGACGCCAUGUCCAAGUACGACACUGUGCUGGGAGACGAGCCCGGCGACGGACUCUACGGCUGGACGGCGCCGCGCGGCGGCAACGGCGACCGCAGAAAGACGCACCACAAGGAGGCGUCGUACCUCGGCAAAAUCCUGGAAGGCUUCACCUUGGCGCGCAACUCCCAAGAAAAGAAAAUCGUCUUCGCCGCGCCGCCGCUGCCGGCCGAUUUCCGUCCGGUGCACCACUUCCGCCCCCCGGUGGCCGUGUCGCACGUUACGGGCGUGAGCGCCGCCCUGGCCGAGGCGCUGAGGUCAUCCAAAGGACAGGCGCCCCCGCAGGACGCCGGCGCCGGCCGCCACCGCAUGGCGUCCGACCAGAGGGGGGCGCUGCUGGGCGAGGCCGCCCUGCCAGGCCCCGCCUCCGUCAUGGAGCUGCUGCGGCCCGAAGACCGGCUGCGAUUGCUGAGUUUCCGAUCGGCCGCCCCCGUACCUUCCGCCCCCCCGCCGAGGGCGCCUCCCUCCGCGGACGCCUCGUCGCGGCAGCGGCAGGAGCAGGCGGCGGCGGCGUGGCGAGGCCGCGGCGGCGACCCGCGGGCCUUCAAGCCCUUUGAGAAGAACGCCGGCAAGCAAGCCCGAUACGACGCUUACUUGGGAGGACUGCGGCUGGGUGACAAAGACGCCCUGGAGGCCAGCCUGGACCCUUCCAUGACGGAGUGGGAGCGCAGCAGGGAGAAGGAGGAGUUUGUGCGGGCGUCCAUCUUGUACCGGCCCACCUCCUCCGCGCUGGCCAGCCGCUUCACGCGGGCCGAGCGGGACGACGACGACGACCACCGCCGUGACGACGAGCGCGCGGAGGUGGCGGCGCGGCGCGAGGGCAACGCCGAGGACCAAGAAGCAGCCGUCAAGAUGAAGAUGUUUGGCAAACUGACCCGGGAAACCUUCGAGUGGCACCCGGACAAGAUUCUCUGCAAGCGGUUCAACGUGCCCGACCCCUACCCCGGGUCGUCCACCGUCGGGCUCCCCAAAGUCAAGCGGGACAAGUUUUCCGUCUUCAACUUCCUGACGCUGGACCGAGGCGCCGAACGAGCAGCUCCUCCCGAGGCGGCGCAGGCCACCAAGAAGUCCAGGUGGGACCAGGAGGCGGAGCCGGCCCAGGCGUCCGCUGGGCCCACCGGCGACGUCAAAGAAUCGCCUUCGGGAGCGCCCGCCGAGCCUUCGGAGAGCACACCCGACGUAUCCCGAGACCUCUCGCAGAGCAGGAAGCAAGAGGCGGAGGAGGAAGACGACGAAGAGGACGAAAGUGACAAAGACCAGAGUGAGGCGGAGGCGGAGGUGGAGGAGGAGUCGCGUCCUCCCAUGGACGUGUUCAAGGCCAUCUUCGCCAGCUCGUCGGACGAUGACGCCGAGUCCUCGUCGUCUUCGGCGGAGGACAACGAGGCGGAGAGCAAGGAGGAAGCCGUUUGCGAGUCUCCGCCAAAGAACCUCUUUGACGUCUCGUCCCGCGCCGUCACCGUCGCCGCGCCCUCCCGGCCCACAGCCGCGCCCUCCCGCACGCCACCGUCCCAGGAAGCGGCGGAGUUUGGUCCCAGGCUUCCUCCCGCCGGCUUCCUUCCCGCCGCCGCCUCGCCGCCCGCCGACAAGAAGCGCCAGAACAAGAAGCAACACAAACGCGGGAAAGACAAGAAGAAGAAAACCAAGAAGAAGAAAGACAAAGUGAAGCGGCGAGACAACAAGAGGAAGAAGAAAAAGAAGGCGGCCAAGGAGGAGGAGGAGGAGGAAGAGGACGCGUGCGAGUCGAGUGACGGAGACGCGGCCGCCGUCUCCGCGGAGGACUUGAUGGCCAGGCUGAAGAGCGUGUCGUCGUCGCUCCCCCCGUGGCGAUGAGGACCCCUUCCGGCCGGCCUCGGCGACUCGGCAAUAAAAAAAUCAAGCGGUCAACGCUGCCGUCCUCGCCUUUUGUCCUGGCAAACGGACGAAUCGACGGCGCCGUUCUUGGCGCUCGAGCGCCGUCGCCGCCCGGGACCAUCUUGCCGCUCCCCUGCUGAACUUUAGUCCCAAAAGUAAGCGUGAAAGCCCCGAAAGCCAAAGCAAUCACACUUUGGACAACGUUGGAGCGAUGUUCUGCCCCCCCCCGCACCCCCUUCCUCUCAGACGUGCAAAUUGACAAAUGUAAAUCUCGCUUUGUAAACAGUGAUUUGGAAAAGAACGAA